ACCCACACAGUGGACACACAAUAAUGAUGUGACAUUCAGAGUUUCUGAGUCCAGCAGUGGAGACUACAUGUGUAAGAGUCGACGCAGAGAUGACUCAUAUUCUUCAACAGAGUGGAGUGAAGCCUUCACAUUGUCAGCAUCAAGUCUCAAUAAGCCCACUGUGACCCUGCAGCCAUCCUGGACUCAGAUAUACAGCGGUGAGACAGUCACUGUCAGAUGUGAGAUUCAGGGAGGUGAAGGAGCUCAGUGGACGUAUGAAUGGAGAGCAGCCAAGUUAAACACACCUCCAACAUCCAAUGAACACAGAAUCAUCAGAGCUACUGAGUCUGACAGUGGAGGAUACAGCUGCCGGGGCAGAAGGGACAAUUUCUUCUCAGAGUGGAGUGAUAUCAUCACACUGACUGUAUCAUCAAGUAAACCCAGAGCCACACUGACAGCACAAAGUUCAAUCCUACCAGCAGGGGGCAGUGUGACACUGAGCUGCUCUGUGGAGGGCUCUGCUGGCUGGAAGUUUGACUGGUUCAGACGUGAUUCAGUCUCUUCUAAAGCUCAGCUCAUGAGAGGAAAUGAAGCAAACAGAGUUAUUAGUGUCUCACAAGGAGGUCUGUACCACUGCAGAGGAGGGAGAGGAGAUCCAGUUUUCUACACAGAGGACAGCAGUGACGUCACAGUUACAGAAACUUUUCCCAGUAAGCCCACUGUGACCCUGCAGCCAUCCUGGACUCAGAUAUACAGCGGUGAGACAGUCACUGUCAGAUGUGAGAUUCAGGGAGGUGAAGGAGCUCAGUGGACGUAUGAAUGGAGAGCAGCCAAGUUAAACACACCUCCAACAUCCAAUGAAUACAGAAUCAUCAGAGCUACUGAGUCUGACAGUGGAGGAUACAGCUGCCGGGGCAGAAGGGACUAUUUCUUCUCAGAGUGGAGUGAUAUCAUCACACUGACUGUAUCAUCAAGUAAACCCAGAGCCACACUGACAGCACACAGUUCAAUCAUACCAGCAGGGGGCAGUGUGACACUGAACUGCUCUGUGGAGGGCUCUGCUGGCUGGAAGUUUGACUGGUUCAGACGUGAUUCAGUCUCUUCUAAAGCUCAGCUCAUGAGAGGAAAUGAAGCAAACAGAGGUAUUAGUGUCUCAAAAGGAGGUCUGUACCACUGCAGAGGAGGGAGAGGAGAUCCAGUUUACUACACAGAGGACAGCAGUGACAUCACAGUUCAGCAAACUGUUCGUAACAGGAUCGAUGUGAAACUGCAGCACAGCUGGUCUCAGAUAUUCACUGGUGAGACAAUCACUCUCAGAUGUGAGAUUCAGGGAGGUGAAGGAAAGGUGUGGAAAUAUGAAUGGACAGCACCCAACACAAACAGCCCUCCAACAUCCAGUGAAUACAGGAUCAGCACAGUUUCAGUGUCUCACAGUGGAGACUACAGAUGUCGGGGUAGCAGUGACUAUCUCUUAACAGGAUGGAGUGAUGCCUUCACACUGACAGUUUCAUCAAGUAAACCCAGAGCCACACUGACAGCACAGAGUUCAGUCAUACCAGCAGGGGGCAGUGUGACACUGAGCUGCUCUGUGGAGGGCUCUGCUGGCUGGAAGUUUGACUGGUUCAGACGUGAUUCAGUCUCUUCUAAAGCUCAGCUCAUGAGAGGAAAUGAAGCAAACAGAGUUAUUAGUGUCUCACAAGGAGGUCUGUACCACUGCAGAGGAGGGAGAGGAGAUCCAGUUUACUACACAGAGGACAGCAGUGACGUCACAGUUGUGGAGACUUCACAAACUGAAAAACCUCAGGCCUCACUGGUGGGCAGCGUGACCCUGAACUGCUCUGUGAACGACUCUGCAGGAUGGAGAUAUUACUGGUUCAGACGUACCUCAGAGUCUUCUGCAGCCCAGAGAAUAACAAACGGAACAUCAUCCCACACUUUCAGUGUUUCAGAAGGAGGCAUCUAUUACUGCAGAGGAGGAAGAGGAGACCCAGUUUGCUUCACAGAGGACAGUGUUUCAGUUACAAUUGAGACAAAUGGUUUCAGAUGUGAAAGCCAUUCAUUUCUUGUGCCUUUCAUCAUUGGACUUGUUUUUGGAAGUUUACUAAUUGUUCCUGUGUUGUUGUGCUGUAUAUGCUGCCACACAAGGAUAAGAGAUCGCUGUAGAAACAGGUUCAUGCAGUCUCCAAACAUCAAUCAAUCCUCUGCUGCACCCCAAACUCCCAACCAAAGUGACACUCAGAUUUACUCCUCUCUUCUCCACGGUGAUCUUUCUGUCUAUGAAUCGAUCAGAAACUCUGGAAGCACUCGAAGUGAGAGACCAGCACAUGAAUACAAUAAUGUAGCAUCUACUAUUAUUCUUGAUAAGAGAAACUUUCAUUCGCGUCACCCACAUCCUCCCAAUCUCCACCUCACUAACACCUCAGUCAGAGCUCCAUCCAAGCCUCAGUCUUCAUCUUCACCACCACCAGAGUUUAGACUCUAGGGGAAGCUCUCCUAUCACUGUUUGGAUGUUCUGCCAUGAUGGGUCAUUGAAGUUGAACUGCCAAAGGCAUUAAUUCAUUUCUCUAUCUUAAUAAAUCAUAAUAAUAAUUCAAUUCCUCCAAGUUAUACUUCCUUAUCAAACUAAUAGAGUCUACCUUUGUAUUAUUGCAUAUUAUUUUUAUUUUUGUUGAAUGUAGUUUGUAUAUUAAAUAGUGUGGGAACAUAUAUAUAUGCAUGUAUAGAAAUGUGUGUGUUCACCUGUGAUGUUUACUUCAUUAGAUGCUGUAAAUUUUAAGUAUGAUGCUGAUUUCACAUCAGACCACUGAGAGUAGCACAAGCUCUCCUUUUUGCCUUUAUCUGAUGAUCUGUUUUACUUCUUUGAUUACUUGUUACUUACUGGUUACUUAAAUAAAUCUAACAAA